AGGACGCAUGCGUGCGGUGUUGGGCUGCCGGAUACCUGGGAGUCUUCAGCAGUGUUGGGGAAAGUGAGCUAUGGCAGCCGCAAGUGCCCCUUUAGGCCUAUCUUUGCAAGAAGCCACCCAGCGAAGGUUGCGGAGAUUUUCAGAGCUGAGAGGCAAACCUGUGGCAGCUGGAGAAUUCUGGGAUAUUGUUGCAAUAACAGCAGCUGAUGAAAAACAGGAGCUUGCAUAUAAGCAACAGCUGUCAGAAAAGCUGAAAAAAAAGGAGUUACCCCUUGGAGUUCAAUAUCUUGUUUUUGUUGAUCCCGCUGGAGCCAAAAUUGGAAAUGGAGGAUCAACACUUUGUGCCCUUCGAUGUUUGGAAAAGCUGUAUGGAGAUCAGUGGAAUUCUUUUACCAUCCUAUUAAUUCACUCUGGUGGCUACAGUCAACGCCUUCCAAAUGCAAGUGCUCUGGGGAAAAUUUUUACUGCUUUACCUUUUGGUAGUCCCAUUUAUCAGAUGUUGGAAUUAAAACUAGCCAUGUACAUUGAUUUCCCCUCACAUAUGAAUCCUGGGAUUCUGGUUACCUGUGCAGACGAUAUUGAACUUUAUAGUAUUGGAGAAUCUGAGUUUAUUAGGUUUGACAAACCUGGCUUUACUGCUUUAGCUCAUCCUUCUAGUUUGACCGUUGGAACAACACACGGAGUAUUUGUCUUAGAACCUUUUAAUCGUUUAGAAUAUAGAGACCUGGAAUACAGAUGUUGCCAUCGCUUCCUUCAUAAGCCCAGCAUUGAAAAGAUGUAUAAAUUUGAUGCUGUGUGUAGACCUGGGAACUUUUCUCAACAAGACUUUGGCGGUGGUGACACUCCCUCUCUUAAAUUAGACCCUGAGUAUGUCUACACAGACAGUGUAUUUUACAUGGAUCAUAAAACAGCAAAAAAACUACUUGCUUUUUAUGAAAAAAUAGAUACACUAAACUGUGAAAUAGAUGCCUAUGGCGACUUUCUGCAGGCUUUGGGACCUGGAGCAACUGUGGAGUAUACCAGAAACACAUCAAAUGUUACUAAAGAAGAGUCAGAGUUGGUAGACAUGAGGCAGAGAAUAUUUCAUCUUCUUAAAGGAACACCACUAAAUGUUAUUGUUCUUAAUAACUCCAAAUUUUAUCACAUUGGAACAACUAAAGAAUAUUUGUUUCAUUUUACUUCAGAUAGCAGUUUGAAGUCAGAGCUUGGCCUACAGUCCAUAGCUUUUAGCAUCUUUCCAGCAAUACCCAAGUACUCUGGUAACAAAUCCUGUGUUAUUCAAAGUAUUCUGGAUUCAAGAUGUUCUCUAGCACCUGGCUCAGUUGUGGAGUAUUCUAGACUGGGGCCUGAUGUUUCAGUUGGGGAAAACUGCAUUAUCAGUGGUUCUCAUAUCAUAACAAGAGCUGUUCUACCUGCAUAUUCUUUUGUGUGUUCCCUAAGCCUAAAGAUAAAUGGACACAUAAAGUAUUCAACUAUGGCAUGUGGAGUUCAAGACAACUUGAAAAAGAAUGUUAAAACAUUGUCAGAUGUAAAGUUACUUCAAUUCUUUGGAGUCUCUUUGCUUUCAUGCUUAGCUGUUUGGAAUCUGGAAGUCACAGAGGAACUAUUCUCUGGAAACAAGACAUGUUUGAGUUUGUGGAAUGCUCGUAUUUUCCCCGUUUGUUCUUCUUUGAGUGAUUCAGUUAUAGCAUCUCUAAAAAUGUUAAAUGCUGUACAGAGCAAGUCAGUAUUCAGCCUGAAUAACUAUAAGCUGCUGUCCAUUGAAGAAAUGCUUGUCUACAAAGAUGUGGAGGACAUGAUAACUUAUAGAGAGCAAAUUUUUCUGGAAAUUGCUUUGAAUAGAAAGCAGUCUGUUUUAGAGACAUCUUAAAUAUUAUAUAUUUUGCCUUUCUUUAUUGAGCAAGAUUGCAGAUGCAGGAGUUUUCUGUAGUCUUGUUUUUCAUUUUUGAAGUACAUUAAUGAAAAUUAUAUUAACAUGGUUACUAUGGCAUAACAUUAAUAAUACAAAAAUACACAUUCACCAUUUUUGUUGAAAGAACCAAGCUUUAAUUUCAGAAAAGUGAGUUUUUGGAUGUUUAUCACUCUAUAUUCAUUUUUCUCUUAUAAAUAUGGAUUUGUGGAACAUUAUUUUGUUUAUAAAAUAAUAUAAUUGUUUAAAGGUAAUUUUGUAAAUAUACCUUAAGAGUCCUUUUCAUCUUCUUUUAGGCUGUGAUGCCAAUAAAGUUCUAAGUGUUUUAUUGGCAGUUCUCCCCUCAAAUGCAUUAGUCCCAUUCUGAUGAACUACUAGAAACAUUAUUCUGUAUGGUCUUCAGAGCACUGUAGGAAUACUGUAGAGGUACUUUUUUAGAAACAAAUCCAUGGCUGACAAAGAUUAAAUCAUUCUUAUUGUGAGCCUUAAUUGAUAAAUAACUAGAUACAAACCUUUCUGAAAUUGAUGGUAAAUAUCAGUUUCAUUUAUUAAUCUUAUCAGAAUGAAAUAAAAAGUGUAUAUGUGUUAUUGUAUCCUUCUAAACUUGAACAUAUGUUUGUAUACCUUAAAAUUUUAUCCAUCCAUAGGAUAGCAUACACAGGACUCGAGUAUCUGCAUGGGGAAGAUGUUGGAAUAAUCAUGAUUCACUGAUAAUCAUGUCAGUUCAUUUUGGACAUUAUUUCCAUCCUCCCUUAUUAAUCCUUUUAACAGAACUAUUAAAAUUACUAGGUGAACUGAUUUUAAUUUUAAUUUUUUAAAUUUUCAUCCAUGUACUGAUAAUGAUGCUGAAAAGCAAUAAAUGGCCGAAAGGUAGGGAACCAGAAAACUAGAAUGACUGAGAAAAUAAACAAAUGAUAAACAGCUUCAAGAAAAUAAAAGUCAGCUGGGAUCUCAAAUUUUGUGUUCCUAUUUUAGUGUAAGCACAUAUGUGAAAUGUCUUCAUAUCAAAGUCUAAUAAUAAUUAGAGAAUAGAUUUAUCAGGGUUUUGUGUUUUCACAAGAAUAAAUUGAAAUAGGAACUGGUCUGUGCCAAUUUUAUUUACAUAUAAUAUGAAAUUAAUAUGUCAACAUAAAAAUAAUUGGUAAAUCAGAAAUAAUUUAUUUGCAACCCUCAAUUAUAUUUAUAUGUUUUUUUCAAGUUUUUUUCCCAGGGAGAAAAUUAAGAUAUAUGAUAGCCAUUGUUUAGCAUUUAUUGAUUUACUUGCAUAGAUUUCAUAGAAUAUUAUGUAUUUGUCACUCAUUAAAAGUUCAUUGCUGUGUAUCUAAUUUAAUUCUUCUAAGAUCCCAUCAUUUAUUAAGAAUCACAAUUAUCUUAUGUUCUACUAGAGAAAACACUGCUAAUAAAAUAUGAUGCAAUGCUUA